CACCCCGACGGGAUCGAAGCAAUAUAUAUCGCUGCAGCUUUAGCAAUACGUUCAAGCGGUCCCCUCGCCCAAAAGCCAGCAAAGCAGGCAAAGCACUGCCAAAAAAGGCUGCGGCCGAUAGCAAACCAUGGCAGCUAAAGCAGCCAUGGCCCAGGGCGCGCCCAACUAUUUCACGGCGGAGGCCAUGGGCUUCAUCCUCGCCGCGUUAUUCUUCAACACAUUAACAGCCCCGGUCGUGAAGAUGACGCAAAACGCGGACGGUGGUUAUGACUACAACAAGUGGUGCAUCUAUUUUUUUGCGGAGCUCAUGAAACUAAGCGUAGCUUUAGCUUGGUGUUUUAAAGCGUAUCAAGAGAACGACCGAGAAGUAGUCAAACAUUUCAAUGUCGACCGGAGCGACUUUCUGCAGUACGCGGUGCCCGGCUUCGUGUUUUUUGCCCAAAACAACUUGAGCUUUUUGGCGCUCCAGCACAUGAACUCGUCGGCCUUUCAGCUCCUGAUGAAUACAAGAAUAGUGUCGGUAGCUAUUCUGGCCGUGGUCAUGCUCGGCAAACGCAUGCAUGCGUUGGAGUGGACGUCGAUAGUGCUGUUGAUGGUGGGCGCGAUGCAGUACCAGUUGAGUGGGUGUGGGGACGACGGGUACAAGAUCGACACGAUGGGGCUCUGUGUCAUGGCGGUCAUUGUCGCCUGUGCGGCAGGAGGUAAUGUAUAUACCCAAAAAGUAAUGCAAAGAAAAAUGGACCAGCCCCUCAUGGUCCAGAACGCCAUGCUCUACGUCUGGGGCGUCAUUUUCAACGGCACGAACUGGAUCUUGAGCGCGAUGCCUUCUGCUGAUCACCAUGGCGCACCGACAGAAUUGUUCGGUGACGUGGGCGGCGUCCAGGUCUUCUCGAUGGUGUUUUAUGCUAUCUAUGGCUUGUCUAUUUCUAUAAUAUUGAAGAGAUUCGGCGCGAUUACUCGUACGUUUAUCAAUACCGCCGCGAUCUGUUUCACGGCUCUGAUAGAUGUGCUCUUCUUCGGCGCGGAGAUCACUCCUUUGGAACUGACGACGUUCGGCGUCAUCAUGUUGGCCGUGUACUUACAUACGGUCCUGGCUAGGAACUACGCGCCGCCGCCGCCGCCGCCGCCCGCUACCCCGGAGGUCUAAGAUUUUUAGCCCGG